AUCAUGUAUAUUUUUCCCGAAAAAAAAUAGAAUAAAAUAAAAAGAAUUAAGCUUUUCCUUCAGUAUUCCUUAUUUUUUUUUAAAUAAAACAAGCAUGAGUAAUGAAGUACAAUUGCUAGAAAAUGUUGAGCUGAAGCUUGCCAUGUGCAACACAGAUGCACAGCUUGAAAAAACAAUCCAAACUUUUCUUCCACCUGUUUUAUUAAAGCUUGCUAGUAAUAAUCCAGAUGCGAAAAGAAAAGUAAUGGAAAUAUUAUCACAUAUCAAUAAACGAGUCAAAACAAACAAUAAUAUUCGGUUACCCUUCGAGGCACUAUUGAAUCAGUUUACUGAUCCUCUUGUUUCAACCUUUGUCAAGAAUUUUACCCUUAUUUAUCUUGAAAUGGCAACAAGUCGAAUGUCGCGAGAGGAAACUGCACAACACCUGCCUGCGUUUUUGACAGGUAUCAGCUUACGCCCCGUUCAGCAGCGUAUCCCAUUACUUCAUAUUGUAUUAUAUGUUCUCAACCAAUGGGAAAUGGACCAUGAAGUACAGUUAACCGCUCGGCAGACUAUUUUUCAUUUUGAUCAACAUCCUAAGGAUGUCUCUAUCAUUUUAAAUUUCUUUUUAGAUGUCAUGUUAUAUCAACCUUUGACAGCAAGAGAUAGGAUGGCAGAGCAACAACAAGAUGAAAAUAAUAAACAACAGGGACUUACAAAUAAUAGAUAUCCAGGCCUAAGUGAAGCAGCUGUAGAGGAUGUAACAAAUAAGGGGAAAAUCAAUUGGACAACUUCGAAAUUAAAAGAUGCCAAGUUAGGCAUUAUGAAAUUAAUUUUGACACCUAUCUUUACGGACAGUGAACGAUUGCCUUUAUUGAUAGUCGGUAUCUGUGAUGCAAACCAUCAAGUAGUAUCUGUUUGUGAAGAUGGUAUACGCCGAUGGACAGGAAACGUGGAUUAUGAAGAUAAAGCAACUAUUCAAUCAUUGUAUAGACUGUAUUUAGGAACCGCCACUACUAAGUCAGGCAACACUACUGAAAGUAAUAAAGAUAUUAGAUCCCAAGCAUCCAAUUCUGUCAAAUUACGUAUCCUUCAGUAUUUAUCAAAAUCAAUUAUUGCUACUCAAUUGGUUACAUCCAUGAUUCAAGUCAUUUUUGACGGUAUCUAUGGUGAUAUGACAACCGCUAAACUUCAACGUAAUGCUAUGUCAUUUUUACAAUGGUGUGCUCGUAUGAGUACAAAUCAACAUAUUGGUCCUGUAGCACCUAUUAUCAUUUCAGGCUUAUUAAAAUUUAUUAAAGGAAACGAAGAAAUGACAGGGCUUGAUGCUGAAAGUAUAAAAGGCUAUGCGUAUGUAGCUUGUGGUCUAGUAGUUAAAAAAGUACCUAAGGUGGGUUUAUCAGAUACACAAAUACUUUCUUUGUUCUUCGAUAAUCUUGAAAAAGAACAAAAGAAUGUCAGAAGUUAUAUUCAGGAUGCCUUAUCGUCAAUGAUUGAAGUUUAUGUUGAUUUACCCUGUGAUUCUCCUAUCUAUGAGAAUGUUCAAAAUAUCAUUCUAAAGGCUGUACAAAAGAAUGAUCCUUAUUCACGUUAUAUGGCUUUAAAAUAUGCAAAUGCCAUUUAUCCCUUUUCGUCUGUCUUUGCACGUUAUGUAUGUCUUCUAGGUUGCUCAUUAUCUGUUACUAAACUGGACGUAAAAGAGGAAGCACAUCGUGGACUUACACCUUUUGUAAGAAAUAAAUAUGGUUUGGUAGAGCAUGUGGAUGUUAUCCCAGUUACUGAAUUACCUCGAUUUACUGAUUUGGUUUAUUAUAUUCAUUCUCACCGACCUGACCAAGAGUUUACACGUUUAUCUAAAACACCCGUUAUAAAUGGAUAUCCUGUUGAGGUCUAUGCCGAGAUGCUUAACUUUCUACGCAUGAUUUGGAUCUUGGAAUCAAAUCAUACUCAUCUCUUAAUUGAUCAGUACGUAGCAGAAAAGGUUGACAAUAGUAUGUCUGAGGAUCCAGUAACGAUGACAAAUUUUAAGAAAAGUGUUAUAGACAAAUGGACUAGUAAUGACGAAAAACAAGCAGUUCAGUAUUGGUUAGAUUUGAUUGAAAAUGGAUUAAAUCUUGACUUAAAAGAUUCUAUCUGUCUCAUAACGUCAGCAAAAUGUUUAUUAGAAAUUAUUUCACUAGGCCCUUCCUCUAUUGCUACCUCCUUUCAGGACAGACUUGACUUUUUUAAAUCAUUAGCUCUUUCUGAAAAGCUAGAUGCACGUCAAUCAAUGUCACAUAUAUUUGGUAUUAUUGCUAGCAGCAGUGAUAACGUCUCACAACUUGAGACGAUUUUGACUGAAUUUUGUAAUCUUUUGGAAACACCAGCGGAAAGACAAGUGCAACCACAACGUGAAUUGGAUCAACAACAUGGUGCUGUUCUUUCUAUUGGUUAUCUUAUUAGUCGUAGUUUUUAUCGUAAUUUGGCACUUUCUGAUGAACUUUACCAUCGAUCUGUAAUUCAUCUUAUACGUCUCUUAAAUGGUUCACCUAGUGCCUCAUUUUAUAUGAUGGCUAAUGCUGCUUGCCAAUCACUUUCAGAAAUCGGUCGUACUAAACGACUCCCAUUAACCAUGGAAAAGAGUCAAGAUGGAUCCAUGGAUUUGGGCAUAACUGUACAAGAUGUGAUCGAAACUCUUAUUAAACUUGCUACAACAUGCAAAGAGGCCAAGGUACAAGAAAAGGCUAUACUAGCUCUAGGGCAUCUAUCUAUUCCCCUCUUGUCUGAUAACAGCAUGCUUGUUCAAAAAGUGAUAGAUGGACUUUACAGUACAGCAGAUACCAAACAAGUCGAAUUAGCAUUUACCUGUGGUGAAGCAUGGUCUAUAAUUGGUUUUGGCUGGGAAUCAGGAGCAAUGCAAAAAUAUAAGGAUAUGGAUGAAAUACCACUCUUAAAAAAAGUACAGCGAGCUAAUACCUCCAUAUUUGAAGGCAUAUUAGAUAAGAUAAUGCGUUCGUAUGUGGCAAGUAAUCGAACAUGGUAUCGUAAGGCUGCAUGUAUUUGGUUGCUUUCAAUCUUGAAGUUCGGAAAGGACGAUAUAAUUGUUAAAAAAAACCUGAACAACAUACACGCCUCCUUUUCGCGUCUUUUAUCUGACCGCGAUGAUUUCACUCAAGAAUGUGCCUCAAAGGGGCUUGGACUCGUGUAUGAAUACGGAGAUAAAAAGAUUAAAGAAGAUAUGUUGUAUUCUUUGGUUGGUACCUUUACAGAAGGGCGCCAGCUUCAGGCACAGUCUGUCACAGAUAAUACUAUUUUGUUUGAUGAGGGAACUCUAGGUGAAACACCAGACGGUAAUUCAAUUACUACUUAUAAAGAGCUUUGCUCACUUGCAUCUGAACUUAAUCAGCCUGAUUUGAUUUAUAAAUUUAUGAAUUUGGCAAACCAUAACGCUAUGUGGACUUCACGUCGCGGUGCAGCCUUUGGUUUUCAAAACUUGAUGGUGAUUGCAGAAAAGGAAAUGGAGCCAUAUCUCCCACGUUUAAUCCCGAAGCUCUAUCGUUAUCAGUUUGACCCUAAUGCACGUGUCAAUCAAACAAUGAAAACUAUUUGGCGAUCACUUGUUAAAGAUUCACAAAAGACAGUAGACUUAUAUUUCAAGGAAAUUAUGGAGGAUGUUUUAACAGGUUUAGGGAAUCGUCAAUGGCGUAUACGAGAGGCCUCCUGUGUUGCUUUAGUCGAUUUAAUAACAGGAGGUCGAUCACUAAGCCAAAUUGAACCUUAUUUGGAACGAUUAUGGCAAAUGUGUUUUAGAGCUCUGGAUGAUAUUAAAGAGUCUGUACGUCAAGCAGCAACGCAAACAUGUCGUUCGUUAACAAAAAUGACAGUGCAUUAUUGUGAUCCUAGUACAGUAGCCUUUGCAGACGGCAUGAAAGCAAUGAAUAUUGUUAUGCCAUUCUUACUUGAAAAGGGUAUUGUUUCUGAUGCUGAAGAUGUCCGAAAAUUUAGUUUGGAUGCAGUUUUGAAGGUUUGUAAAACGGGUGCUGCACUCUUAAAAAAGUUUGUACCUGAACUUGUUGAUACUUUAUUACAAUCUCUUUCAUCUCUUGAGCCUCAAGCUAUGAAUUAUCUUAGCUUCCAUGUUGAUAAAUACAAUAUUUCACAAGAACAAUUAGAUAAUGCACGUUUAGCAGGUGCUAAAAAUUCACCUAUGAUGGAAGGCAUAGAACACUGUAUUCAGCAAAUUGAUGAUGAAGUUAUGGAAAAAUUAACUCCACGAAUUCUUCAUAUUAUUAGAAAAGGAACAGGCCUUCCAACAAAGGCUGGCUGUGCACGCUUUAUUGUUAGUUUAGUUAUGAAUCGUAGAUCUGUUUUCAAGCCAUAUGCUGAUGCCUAUUUGAAAGCUUUAAGUGGCACCAUUAAAUCCAAGAAUCCAGUUAUUCGUAAAUCCUAUGCUACUGCUAUUGGAUAUGUUUGCCAAUUAGCUUCUUAUGACCGUUUAAUUUCUCUUGUCAAACAUUUGCGAAAAUUAUACAUUGAUGAAGAAGAUGAAGACACAAAGGCAGGGAGUGCAGUUACAACAGUUGAAAUUACACGAUUUGCCACUGAUCGAGCUAAUUCAAUUGCAACUUCAAUUGUACCAUUAAUAUUCUUUGGAGAGCAUGACCCAGAAGAAAAUCUAAACAAGUUAUGGAAAGCUGCUUGGGAAAACCUUACAUCUGGUACUCGAAGUCAAAUCUCACUCUAUGGAGAUGAAAUUUUGGAAUUCCUUCAACCAUUAUUAUCUUCCUCUUCCUGGAAGGUUAGACAAACAGCUGCAUUAACGCUUGCAGACAUGUGCAAAAUCUCAGGACAAAAAAAUGUUCAAGUUUAUGCUGACAAACUUCUGCCCAUACUUGUAUCAGCUUUAACAACACGAUCAUGGGCAGGUAAAGAAAAUGUACUGGACGCCUUUGUAGAACUCUGUAUUCCGUUGAAGGAACGAUUUAUUGAAGGAUCUACUGUGGUUUCCUUAACAGAAGUAACACAGAUUAUGGUUCGAGAAGCAAAGCGUAAAAAUCGUGCCUAUCAACGCUAUGCACUAACGUCUCUGAUCAAGUUCUCCGAUAAUUUUGGUGAUAAAUUAGAUCUUUUAAGCUUGGAACAAGGCCUUUUGACAGAGUUAUGUGAAAUGGAUGAGACUAAAGUGAUGGAAGAAGAUGAUGAUGGAAAUGAAAAUGUUAAGCCUUUAUUAUUGAUGAUUAAAGCUAACGCAUUUAAAGCCCUAGUCUCUGCUUAUCAUCCUCAAAUAUUUCCUGCAGAACAAGAGGGACAAUCAGGAAGCUUAUGUAAUAUGCUUACCAAUUGUCUUGAAGGUAAUGUUUGGAAUGUUCAAUUGGCUAUUUUACAAAGCUUGAAAAAGUUUGUAGAACAGACAACGCCUACAACUUUACAACAACCUGAUAUAAUUCAAAAUUUGUUAAAAGCCAGUUUUGAUGCAUUAACUGAUAUGAAAUAUUCUGCCAUUCGAUCUGCUGCUGUAGAUGUUUUGGAACAGCUUAUUUCGAAUAAUAUUCCAGAAGAAGCGAAAAAACAAAUUGUUCAGAAUAUAAAUCAAUGCUUACAAAAAGAGAAUAUAGCACUGAUUAAAGAUAGAUUACAAAAGCUAUUGAUAAAAAUUUAAUUAUAUUGUAACAAGACAUCCAAUUCAUAUGUACAUUAAAAAUUAUUAUCUAGUUCUCCUUCAGAACU